AUGAGCCAACCAAAAUUAAAAGCGCCAUAUCUUUAUUCUGUUCAACUUCAGAUCAGUGGAAAUAGAAAUAAUACCAUAAACUUUAAUAUGAGAUUUCAACACAUUCCAGGACCGCCUAUAGGUAACAAGAAACUCUUAGAAGAACGUCUCAGACGCUACGAAAAAGAAGCAGAUCAAAUUACAAUCAUUGAUAUUGAAGAUUCAAUGAAUGUUGAUCCUUGCUUUGUUCUAGAUUGUACAGGAUCUAUGUCUGAACAUAUCACGGCACAUAUUAUAUGUGGCUAUAGUGAAAUUAAAAGCUAUGAUGAAUCAGAUGAUGUCUUAGGUGGUCUUAAUGCAACAAUUAUCAGUUUACUACCUUGUAUGACAAAUAUCCAAAGGGCGAUCCAAAAGAUUAAUGAUUCAACUGAAGUUAUGCUUAAAGUAUUCCGUGAAAUAAUUGGUGAAUUUCCUGUAUUUGAUCUUAAAACUACAAAACUCGAAAAGUAUAUAUUCUUUACAACUAAAAAAGCUUCAUACGAACCUAAUUGGAUUCAUCUUCCAGAGAAAACAGAAGAACUAUUAUGUCAAAACAUAAAUUUUAAGCUUGCACCGCAGCCGUUCUCCGUCGGCGCUGAACGAUAUCUUAUUUCGCUCUUGAUACAAAUUUUGAACAAGCAAAUAAAUUAUUUUGCAUAUUUUCUUUCAACAGAAUUUAAUAAAGCGGCCAAGGAAGUUGGUGUUAAUAAAAAAUAUGCAGAUUUUAAACGUUUUAAUGUCAAUAACGGUCUAAUUACAGAAUUUCAUUCUAUUUUUGAGGAAUUUGCUCAUUUAACUUAUGAAUAUACAGAAGGGUAUUUGUUAGUUUAUGACUUACAAGGAGUUGAUCUCGAUAAUA